AUGCAGGCAGCAGCAGUAUGUGGGUCGGCAGCAGCGCAAGAGUCACCCCCAGGAGAGAACACGGGGUUCAAGUCGCCCUCUGCAACCCCGUCCCCGUUGUCCCUGUCCCCGAAGGGAAGGGUGGGACGCGCAGGGGCUGCAGGGGCAAGGCAAAUCAGCGGGAAGAGUGCUACGGAGAAGCAACGGCGAUCCAGAAUAACGGAGCGACUAGAGGCCCUCAAGGCAGCGAUACCAGCAGAGGUGCUUCUGAGGCAGCAGGGCAGGGCGGGGUUCAGCAAUCGCACGCAGAUCGCCACGCUGCUGGAUGCUGCUGUGGGGUUCAUCGAGGGCAUGCGCGAGUACAAAUUGGAGCUGGAGAGACAGCUGCUGGCCUCAUAA